AUGGAGAAGAAAGACGCGGUCGCGAUGAAGCUGGAUGAGGGUGAAGAUUAUGCUUUGGGCAGUCUGACGGCUGAUGACAAGAAACUUGUCCGCAAGAUUGAUGCGCAUAUCUUGCCCAUUAUGUUCUUGACUUAUUUCCUGCAGAUGAUUGACAAGAUUUCUAUCAAUUAUGCAAAUGUGAUGGGGUUCCAGGAUGACUUGGGUAUGACUGGGAAUGACUUCUCGUGGCUGGCAACGGCGUUUUUCAUUGCCUAUGCAUUUGCGGAAAUCCCACAAGGAGCUUUACUUCAGCGAUUCCCCGUGACGAAAGUACUUGGAACAAAUGUCUUUUGUUGGGGAAUUAUUCUAUGUUGUUCAUCCGCGACUAAGAAUUUCGCUGGUAUGAUUGCAUUGCGUACUCUUCUUGGUCUUAUGGAAGCAGUCAUUGCGCCCUCUCUCACCAUUUACACAAGCAUGUGGUAUACUAGAGCAGAAUCCACUCCCCGCUAUGGAUUCUGGUACUGUGGACUAGGUGCCGGACAAAUCAUCGGAGGACUGAUAUCAUUCGCUGCACAACAUGCGCCCGCCAAUCUAUCGUUCGGCGGGUGGCGCAUCAUGUUUGUGGUCAUUGGCGCCGUCAAUGUCCUGGUCUCGCUACUUGUUCUCUUCGUGCUGCCCGAGACGCCCGACAAGGCCAAGUUUCUCACCGAAUCGGAGAAACAGAGAAUUGCUCAGCGACUGCAGAGUGAUCAGGCUGGCGUGGGUGCUAAGACCUUUCGCUGGCGCUCUGUGCUGGAAGCAUUUGCGGAUCUCCAGACGUGGUUGCUGGUUCUUUUGACUAUCUUGAUUACUAUCCCGAGUGGAGUGAUUACUACAUUUUCAUCAAUUCUGAUAAAAGGCUUCGGAUAUGACAGCAAGGAGAGUGCUUUGCUCAAUAUGCCUUCUGGAAUUGUGAGCAUUGUAUCCACGAUGGUCUCUACUUAUGCGAUUGCCAAGGGAUUUUCUCGCUGGUUGGCUAUUGAUCUUUUGCUCAUCCCAACACUGAUCGGAUCUGGUUUGAUGUCCUUCCUGCCAUCAUCUAAUAGAGGGGGGUGUCUGGCAGGUAUAUACUUGGUGAAUACGACGGUCGCCCCGCUCGCGCUGAUUUAUGCUUGGACUGGCGCCAACUACAAAGGAUAUACGAUGAAAGUUGCUGGUACUGCAAUCAUCUCAGCUGGAUUCAGCAUUGCAAACAUCAUUGGUCCGCAGACCUUCCAGGCGAAGGAUGCCCCUCGGUAUAUUCCCGCCAAGAUAACUUUGGUCGCCGUCAAUGCUGCGGCAAUCGUCAUUUCCACGACUCUAAGGCUUAUGUAUGGCCGUCGUAAUUCUCGUGCAGAUCGCUUGGGAACAGCUGCACGUAGCUCGAUGGAAGCUCGUCUGGCGAAUGCACAAACAGCAGAGGAUGUUCAUGAUGAGACAUUCCGUUAUGUGUAUUGA